AGAAUGACUAUAGAAUGUCUAAAGUUAUUAGAUGAGUUGAUCAUUUUCUUUAGAACAGCAUUAGGGCAGGUAAAUUCGAAGCGUUGCCAGUUUUGUUGGCGCAAAACACGAAACACAUGAAAAUGUAUGAUCCCAAGAUUCGAUUUUUGGUUAUUAUUUUAAGGAAUUACACUUAUUUUUUCAAAAAGAUUAUCUUCCCUCUUCCGUUGUUAAGCACAAAAAUCAUUAUUUUUAGUUCUUAAUUUUCCUUUUCUUCUUUCUCAUCCCUUUACCGUAGACGGCUGUCGGUAAAUUUCUCUCCCCUCUUGAUCGUUUUCCAAUAAUAUUCGAAGCUUUUGGCGUUGCAGAUUAUUGGGUUUCUUGAUUCCAUCUCAGUUGGUAUCUGAUGCUAAAGGCAUCAUUUGGAAGUUGAUGAAGGACAAGAGAAAAAUAGUUAUUUAAAAAAUUUCAAAUUAACAUUUGUAAUUCAACCCACCGUUACCCUGGGGAAUCAAAGAAGAAUUGAAAUGCUGACGAAAUUCGAAGAAGACUGAAAUGGAGAGGCAAUGAGGGAUGGAGUUGGUAAUAACAUGAAGUCGAAAGAACAACAAAGCUCUGAUUCGAGGAAAUGCAGAGGCAACGAGUUUGUCCAAGAGGUGUCCAAAAUUGCGGUGGCGCAAAUGUGUAAUAGUGUAGGGUUUCAAAGUUUUAAGGAGUCUGCUCUAGACACACUGGCUGACAUUGCCAUUAAAUACCUUCAUCACUUAGGGAAGAUUGCAACAUUUUAUGCUAAUUUAGCUGGUAGAAUUGAGUGCAAUGUCUUUGAUAUAAUCAGAGGGCUGGAAGAGUUGGAACAAUCACAAGGGUUUUUGGGUGCUUGGCAAUCAGAUCAUUGUCUUGCCAAUUCGGGGUCAGUGAAAAACAUUGUUUGCUAUGUGAAUUCAGUUCAAGAGAUCCCUUUCGCUCAUCCACUACCAUGUUUCUCUGUGAUCAGAAAAAGGGAGUCAAUUCCUACCUUUGUUCAGAUUGGUGAAACCCCACCUAGCAAACAUAUUCCCAGUUGGUUGCCAGCAUUUCCUGAUGCUCAUACGUACAGUCAUUCAGCUUUAUGGAGGAGGAAGCCGAAAGAGCUGCGUGCUGAAAAGAUAGAACUUGCAAAGCAACGGAGGAAGGCGGAGAAAUCUUUGUUGGGUUUGCAACAGAGAUUGGUUUCCUGCGGUUCAGAAAGAAGUGGCAAUGGCGAGAUCGAGUUUUCAGGAGGUGAAAGUAAUUCAUUACUUGGGACUUGUUUUCAAGAGAUAGAAGAUGGAAUUGGAUUGCCUUAUGAAAACACAAGUGGCAAGGAUGGGAUAAGCCAUUUGUCUGUGCCAGAGGUGUUCGCCCCUGCCAUUGAGGCGAUUAAAGGCGGUGGCUGUCCGAAUAGUCAAGACGAGAAGGCAAAGAUUCUUCCUCGUGUGAGGCCUCUUGUUCAUUUCAAGUUAGAAACUUGCAAAACAUUUCUUGGAGGAUCUAUGAAUUUGAGUGCUAAAAUGAGAGGAAUUAGGGAAUCCGUGUUUUGGGUCAGACGAGACGACGAAAGAGAUCGAAAGCAUAAGAACGAAAGAGAUGAAAAGAAGAGGAGAGUUGAAUACAUUCUCAGACAUUCUAUAGAGAAGCCAGAAGAACUCAAUCAAUCAUAAUCCAAAAGCCCGAUCAUAAUUAUUCCCAUUGCUGUUGCUUGCUUGAAUGUGUUAAACUUUAAGCCCUUUCUGAAUCUCUCUUUUCUCUCUUUUCUCUCUUUUCUCUCUUUUCUCUCUUCUCUCUUUUCUCUCUUCAAUACUGCAAUGGCAAAUUGGCCUGUGAUUUAAACUCAAAAAAUGAAUUUCUUCCCCUUUUUUUCUUGUUUCA